CUCUAGAUUAGUGGUUCCUUGCUCUUCCGCUAAUCAUCUUGGAUUAAAAAAAAUUGGAGGAGGAAGCCCUUUUGAUAACUGUCGAAUUUUGUUUUAUUAUUAACAACUUUCUUGUAUUUUUUUUGUUAAUUAAUGUGGAGGGCCUUUCGUAGGUUUUAAAUGAUACAAAAAUGGAUUCCUGCUCUGCUCCAAACGCAACACAAAGUGGAAUUUAUAGCGAUGCAUCCUAUACUAAAAGCCUUUUUUUGUGGUUCUAUCAGUGGAACAUGCUCCACCCUGCUCUUCCAGCCUCUUGACUUACUUAAAACUAGGCUGCAGACUGUGCAGCCAACUAUCAGUGGAUCAGGUCGUAUUAAGAUGGUAGCUCUACUCUUCAAACUUGCUCGUACAGAAAGUAUAUUUGGACUGUGGAAAGGUGUUUCUCCAUCCUUUGCACGCUGCAUUCCAGGAGUUGGGAUUUACUUCAGCACCUUAUAUAUGAUAAAACAUCAUUUUUUGUGGGAACAUUCUCCUACUGCCUUGGAAUUGGUUCUUUUGGGUGCAACUUCACGAACUGUAGCUGUUAUUUGUAUGUUACCCAUCACAGUAGUGAAAACACGAUAUGAGAGUGGAAAAUACAGCUAUGAAAGUGUGUAUGGAGCCCUGAGAAAUAUCUAUCAGUCAGAGGGGGUUUGUGGUUUGUUUAGGGGCCUGUCAGCAACACUUCUUCGUGAUGCACCUUUUUCUGGCAUCUAUCUGAUGUUCUACACACAAACCCAGAAGCUUGCAUCAUAUGGCCAACUAAAUACAACAGUUGUACCACUUAUGAACUUUGGUUGUGGAACUGUGGCUGGAAUUCUGGCCUCAUUAGCUACUCAGCCUGCUGAUGUCAUCAAAACACACAUGCAGCUCUCAUCUGAAAAAUACCUUCAGACUGGCCAGACUAUUGCCUUAAUAUUCAGGAAUUAUGGACUGGCUGGAUUUUUUCAUGGUGCUGUUCCAAGAGCUUUGCGGCGCACACUGAUGGCAGCAAUGGCAUGGAGUGUAUACGAACAAAUGAUGGCUAAAAUGGGUUUGAAAUCCUAAGAGAUAUGGCAAGAAACAAUCCCUCUACCUUUAUUUUUCCACUUACUGUUAUUGCUUGGUGUAAUUUGUGUUUGGAAUAGUCCUAUGUGAAAGGUUACUAGCUUAGGCAGUUUUUAAUCUAUAUACUGAAUUGCCAAAAGAGUGGCUCAGAAUCUUUAGAAAUAUGAGUGAAUGGAGUAGAAUAAUGUGACAGCAUAUAGGGGAGAUAAUGGCACAGGAAACCUGUACCAUACUUGGAAAUUGUAUGAACUACUGUCUUUUUUGUAGUUUAGUAAGUAUUAAUAGAAGAGAGUAUUCAUAGCUUAGGGUUGAACUGUGUUGUCCUUGGUACUCUCUGAGUUUUGUAUUUUUUUGCGGACAUUUCAUUACCAACUAGGUAACUUCAUCAGUGCAAACCAAGGAUCCUGUUGUUUAGUAAAGAUGAAUUGUCCUACAAAGCCAUUUUACCCAAAGGAACUUUUUCAGCCAUCUGUUUUGACAAUUUUAUUCAAUGAACUGUUGAAUACUUUUUGCAGUUUUGAUUCUAGAACUUAGAAACAUUGUUCUUGCUGGUUUCAAUCUCCACAAUUGUGUCCUGCAUUUCUUCUCUGCUUUCAAUAUUGCUCUUGUUAUAUACUCAAUCAAAAAAAUCUGAGGGAAGCCUUGCAAAGAGUUUAAUCAAGAAAAUCUCAUUCACUAUUUGCUUGAUAACAAUUGUUAAAGUAAGAA